UCGAUUGUGCUCAGUUUACAGGUUAACUGCGUGUAGACCUUAGUUGCAACGUGAAGGACAUUUACGAUGAAUGCUGAAUGAUUUCAAAUACAACCACACAUGGUGGAACGGAUGCACGGGCUCCCGUUUCCAGGGUGAUUGAAUGUUGGAAGUAAAUGACAGGAUUUGAGAGAAGAUGGCUUUGUUUAGGACAGUGCCUGUCAAUGCAGUUAAAGUCUGCCGGCAACUCCCUCCGUUAUCCUCUGCGUCCUCUCGCCCUGCUGUUCUAAGCACAAGGACCAUCUAUGAAAGGGACUACCGUCGGCCAGGCCAGGAACCAGACAAGCGGUGGCCUUGGCAGAAGAUCCGCUUUGACUUCUCCAAGGGUGUGGAGGGCGUGCGGAAGCACUUCGGGUUGUUGAAGGAUGAGUUUUUCCAACGGUGGGAAGGGCCGGAGGGCCGUCCAUUGAUUGAACACAUGCUGGAGCAGACCAGGGUUCUGUGGGAGUUUCGAGGGCCUGAGAGUCUGGGUCAGUGGGUGAUCUCCACAGAUCAGGAGAUCGGAGGGCGGAGUGAGGCAUACCUGAAGCUGGGAAGGAACAACACCACCUGCCUACUAUAUGGAACCUUAAGUUCUGUGCCACCACGGGAUGGAGAAACGCGUUACAGUGGAUACUGCACAAUGCGCUCCAAACAGCCAUUGGGUGCAUUUGACAGGAAGAAGCAUCAUGACUGGUCAAGCUUCAAUACCCUGCACUUGCGCGUUCGAGGUGAUGGACGACCGUGGAUGAUAAACAUUGCAGCAGAAACCUACUUCUCCCAUCAGAGAGAUGACAUAUACAGCUAUUUUCUGUACACAAGAGGGGGACCCUACUGGCAAGAUGUCAGGAUCCCGUUUUCCAAGUUCUUUCUCUCUAGUCGAGGCAGAAUUCAAGAUGAUCAGCACGUCCUGUGGUUGGAUAAGAUAAAUACCAUUGGCUUCACACUUGGGGACAAGGCAGAUGGCCCAUUUCAACUGGAGAUUGAUUUUAUUGGUGUUUGUAACAAUCUGGCACACACAGAGGAGUUUGCCUAUGAGGCAUAUAAGAGGAACCCAGAAGUUUGAUUGUAUGAAACUUUGAGGACUUAGUCUGCCUGUUGCCUAAAACAGCGUAUGGCAAUAACUGAAACUAAUCUGUGUUCUCUUGAAAAUGACACUUUGAAUUCACUGAAAGUAAUUCAAACUCACCAUGAUUCAUUCAACAGAUGUUCUAAAAAACAUUUAAUGCAGCAGUGAA